UCCACGAAGCGGUUCUUUGGCUAUAGAAAUUUGGUUUUCUUUCUCUCUUAAACCCUGGACGGAGGCUGAUUAAUGAAGUGAAGAUCACGGGUAACUAUCAUCUCCCUCCCUCUCUUUGCACUGCAGGACAGUCUCCACUCUCCAGGCUGCGCUAACAUCGUCUCUCUCGAAGCACGCACCGAUCGAGCAACCCCUUAUUUUUUCGGGCCAUAGGCUGACAGAUUUUAAACCUCAGAUCCCGGACACAAGCUAUCAGGUAGAUAUCCCGGUCACAAGCUAGAGGAAUGGAUAAUCAGACAAAACCCAAUAGUGGCGGAAGUAUAAUGAUCUCCGCCUCCGAACUUCGCAGACGUGCAGUUCGGAGAAACGUAUUGGUGAAGAGUUUGUUACCCCAAACUCCUCGUGUGCCACACGAUGAAAUUGCAUUAGAGGACCAAUCUGAAGUGAAAAUUGAGCCAAAAUCAGGGCGAUAUAAAUAUAAUACGAGGGGGACACCAUCCAGGGACACCUCGGACCACAGGGCUCCUCAUGUGCCAUCUGAUAAAAUUUGCUUGGAGACUCAAAACCGAUCUGAAGUGAAAGUUGAGCCAAAGUCGAGGCGAUAUAAAUAUAGUGAUAGGGGGGCACCACCCAAGCUCACCGCGAACCACAAGGUUCCUCAUGUGCUACCAAAUGAAAUUGGCUUGGAGGCUCAGAACCGAUUUGAAGUGAAAGUUGAGCUAAAGUCGGGGCGAUAUCAACAUUAUGAUAGGGGGGCACCACCCGGGCUCGGCACGAACCACAAGUCUCCUUAUGUGCCACCCGAUAAAAUUGGCUUGGAGGCUCAGAACCGAGUGAAAGUUCAACCAAAAUCAGGACGAUAUAAAUAUAGUGUGAGGGGGGCACCACCCAAGGACACCUUGGAUCACAAGCCUCCUCAUGUGUCACCCGAUGAAAUUGACUUGGAGGCUCAGAACCAAUCUGAAGUAAAAGUUGAGCCACAAAGGAAAAUUGCAUUGCAGGUUCAAAACAAAUCUGAAGUGAAGGUUGAGCCAAAGCCGAGACCAUAUAAAUCUAGUGCGAGCUGGCCACUCAGGCACACCUCGGACCAUAAGACUCCUCAUGUGCCACACAAUGAAAUUGCAUUAGAGCCUCAAAACCGAUCUCAAGUGAAGGUUGAGCCACCAAAGCAAGUUCAGAACCUAUCUAAAGUGAAAGCUGUGUCAAAGUUGCGGUUAUCUGCUCAAGAUCAAAUCAAUGAGAAAACAACAGAGUGGGCUUUGUUAAUCACCAGCGUACUUCUAGAGGCCAUGUCUGCAGUUUUUGAUCAGGUGGGGCAGGCGUUGACGGGUAUGGUGAUAGCAUUCCUCGCUUUGUUUUUUUCCAGCCUUGAUCUCAUUUGCAAGGCUCGAAAGGAAGGAGUUAAGAGGACCCAACCCUUUGGUGGUCUCCUGGAGUAUUUUGGACUAGCUGCUGCUGUCUGGCAAUGCUUUUACUCCACCAUGGAGUAUCUUUAUACUCGGAAGAAUCAACAGAAUCCAAUAAAGAUGUGUUUGUUACCUUUUAUAUUUGCGUUGUGCGUGCUGAUUUUUAGGUUAAUCAAGUGCCGCACAUGAACCAUUGUGUAGUAGAGUAAUUGUACAAAGAUUUUCUCUGUUUUUAAAUGGAUUGAUUAACAUUAUUUGUGUGCU